AUGGCAACCAACGCUUCGUCUCGCGCCGCGGUACUGCUCUUUGCGGUGUACGCGUCGCUGGCAUCGGCCACGACGUACACCGUCGGUGGCGUGCACAGCUGGAUGCCCGGCGUCGACUAUGCUGACUGGGCCAGCGGCAAGACGUUCGCCGUCGGAGACAAACUAUUGUUCAGCUACGUGAGGACGGAUCGCACCGUAACCAAGGUGAGCAAGAGCGAGUACGACGCCUGCUCCGGCAGCGACGCCCUGAGCGAGGACAACACCAGCGGCUUAACCACGGUUACGCUCGCGACGCCCGGCAUGCACUACUUCAUCUGCAUCAUGCCCGACCACUGCGCCGGCGGCAUGAAGCUCGCCGUCAACGUCUCGGUGACGGCCUCAGCUGGCAGCGGCGGCCUGGAAGUGACAGGUACCAACGCUGGUGGCGGCUUGCUGGUUCCAGUGAAUAUGGCUCCCAUCGUCGCCGCCGCAACGGGGGCUCUAAUCGAGCUUGGGCUGCUGUGA